ACCUUCAAAGUAAUCACGACUGUUGUUAUUUACAGAUAUAAUCUGAAACCGGGGGAGUAUAUGUUCGAUUUCGAAGGCUCAACAGCAUCAAAGCAAUCUCUAGCAUCGUUCAUACAUCGCCUCUGUGCUUCCAAUGUCUAUCGAAUGUUCUUUGCAUACACACAAGUCCUUCAGGUAAUGAUACUAUGUGAUAAAUCGAAGUUUCCUGUUCUAUUUAGACCAGGACAUUACCUUAUUGUACAUUCCAGGCAUCCCACAGGCGACCAUGACUAUAUCCAUGCUAAUUGGGUGGAUGGUUAUCGGGAACGUAAGAAGUUUAUCAUCACUCAAGCUCCCCUACCGCAAACUGUUGAUCAGUUUUGGAAAAUGGUUUGGCAGGAGAAGAGCUUGAUCGUAGUGUCCAUGAUACAAACAGUGGACGUUCCCGCUGGUGAUUACUUCACCGUUUUUUAUCACAAAACGACCUAUCCCCUAACUCCCAUCUACAUAUCACUUCCUUAUAUAAGCGAUUUACAGGCGACGUGUGAAGGAUCCGAACGGCGUUUGCUCCAUUUCUGUUUUUUCGCUUGGGGACACAGAGCAACUCCCAAAAAACCGACAGAAAUACUAAACUUCAUCAGCGAUUUCAAUUACAAUCGCGAUCUCCUCACUAAAGAAGCCGUGGCUGCACAAGUGUUGAAACAAAAUGAGAAGAGUCCCAUCGUCCUACACUGCCUCGCUGGUACUUCAAGGAGUGCUACGAUUGCUGCUCUGGACAUUUCUUUCAAAAAGCUAGACGAUACAGCAACUAGACCAUGCGGUGCAAUGCUUGAUGUGGAUGAUGUAGUGCAACGACUCCGAACUCAAAGAGCUAUGGCAGUUCAGGUAAGUAAUAAUGGUUUUGAACAAGUAUUACAUAGGCAGUUAUUACCGUUAUUGUGGUAUUUAUUAGGUCGUGAAGAAAGUUCUUGCGGUUUUUGA